GCUUUUUCGUGUAUCUCCGUAGCUAGUUGUUGCUCGCUUGAGCUGUGAACGCUGAUUGACGAUAAUGGCGACGCUUUUAUUGUGAGUUGACUCCAGGGAACCGUUUGCCUGAAAAAGUGCGCAUCUUGGAUGGAUCUGCAGCAGCAUAAACAACGACAUUCUGGUUAAGCGACCAUCAAAAUUGCAGAAUUUGAUUUAACAAUAAGGACUUGCUAACAAUUCCUUAGCAAGCUAGCUAACUCAGUUAGCUGGUUUGCUAAGUUGAAGAGGUGGCAUUCUUAUUAUGUGUGGACUCCUAAAGAAGACAGACGGCGAUACUCGUAGCUUGCAGUGUAAAUAUUUCACAAGCUUUUAAAGUGGUUAAUGUCAGCUUCUCGUGCUCGGAGGUAAUAUUUAAAGGAGAGUUUUUCUUGUUGUCUUCGUUUUGUUUUGGUUUUUUGCCGUUUACAACAGACUCUGAGUAGCUAGCUUAGCAUUGUGGCUUGUCCUACUGUCUCCUAUUAGGACUUGACUUGUUCAUUUUGGAAACUCCGUCGAGGCACAGACGGCUAAACUCGCUAACUUGUACGAUUUGCGGUGGCAUUGCGAGAUCAUUUCGUAAAUGACCACCGGCAGGAAUAAUCGAGCGAUGAUGGAAGGAGUCGGUGCGAGAGUGGUGCGUGGACCUGACUGGAAGUGGGGGAAGCAGGAUGGUGGAGAAGGACAUGUUGGGACCGUCAGGAGUUUCGAAAGUCCUGAGGAGGUUGUGGUUGUCUGGGAUAAUGGAACUGCUGCUAAUUACCGUUGUUCUGGUGCAUACGACGUGAGGAUAUUAGACAGUGCGCCUACAGGUAUCAAACAUGAUGGAACCAUGUGUGACACAUGCCGUCAGCAGCCAAUCAUUGGUAUUCGCUGGAAAUGUGCUGAGUGCACAAAUUAUGAUCUCUGCACAACCUGUUACCAUGGAGACAAGCAUCACUUGAGACACCGGUUCUACAGAAUCACCACGCCUGGCAGUGAGAGAGUUCUUCUGGAGUCUCGACGUAAGUCUAAGAAAAUUACAGCCAGGGGCAUCUUUCCUGGUGGCCGAGUGGUGAGAGGAGUAGACUGGCAAUGGGAAGACCAAGAUGGAGGCAACGGGAGGAGAGGAAAGGUGACUGAGAUUCAGGACUGGAGUGCAGCUAGCCCUCACAGUGCUGCGUACGUACUGUGGGACAAUGGAGCCAAGAACCUGUAUAGAGUUGGCUUCGAGGGGAUGUCGGAUCUGAAAUGUGUCCAGGAUGCUAAAGGAGGCUCGUUUUACAGAGAUCACUGCCCUGUAUUAGGCGAGCAGAAUGGUAACAGAAAUCCUGGAGGUCUCCAGAUUGGAGACCUAGUCAACAUUGACCUUGACCUUGAGAUUGUCCAGUCCCUCCAACAUGGUCAUGGAGGGUGGACUGACGGUAUGUUCGAGACUCUGACCACCACAGGCACUGUGUGUGGCAUUGAUGAAGAUCAUGACAUUGUGGUUCACUACCCUAGUGGCAACAGAUGGACAUUCAACCCAGCAGUGCUGACAAAGGCCAAUGUAGUCCGCAGUGGAGAAGUGGCAGCUGGCGCAGAGGGAGGCACCUCCCAGUUCCUAGUGGGAGACCUGGUCCAGAUUUGCUAUGAUAUUGACCGCAUCAAGCUACUGCAGAGGGGCCAUGGGGAGUGGGCUGAGGCGAUGAUGCCUACCUUAGGCAAGGUGGGCCGUGUGCAGCAGAUCUAUUCUGACAGUGACCUGAAGGUUGAGGUUUGUGGAACAUCAUGGACGUACAAUCCUGCUGCUGUUACAAAGAUUGCGCCCUCUGGCUCUGCUGUCAGCAAUGCCUCAGGAGAGCGAUUGUCUCAGUUGCUGAAGAAACUGUUUGAGACGCAGGAGUCUGGAGACAUCAAUGAGGAGCUAGUCAAGGCAGCAGCUAAUGGAGACCUGGCCAAAGUGGAGGACAUCCUUAAGAGACCCGAUGUGGAUGUGAACGGGCAGUGUGCUGGACACACGGCUAUGCAGGCAGCCAGUCAGAAUGGUCAUGUGGAUGUCCUAAAGCUUCUGCUUAAACACAAUGUAGACCUUGAGGCUGAGGACAAAGAUGGAGAUCGGGCGGUGCAUCACGCUGCCUUUGGCGAUGAAGGUUCUGUUAUUGAGGUGCUGCAGAGAGGCGGUGCUGACCUGAACGCCAGGAACAAGCGCAGGCAGACUCCAUUACACAUAGCUGUCAACAAAGGACACCUGCAGGUGGUUAAAACUCUGCUGGACUUUGGUUGCCACCCCAGCCUCCAGGAUUCAGAGGGGGAUACACCCCUUCAUGAUGCCAUCAGCAAGAAGAGAGACGACAUGCUGUCAGUGUUGCUGGAGGCUGGUGCCGAUGUCACCAUCACCAAUAAUAAUGGGUUUAAUGCUCUGCAUCAUGCAGCCCUGCGAGGCAACCCCAGUGCCAUGCGUGUGCUGUUGUCCAAACUGCCGAGGCCCUGGAUUGUUGAUGAGAAGAAGGACGAUGGAUAUACUGCACUACACUUGGCUGCUCUUAACAACCAUGUGGAAGUGGCUGAGCUCUUGGUGCACCAGGGCAAUGCCAGCCUAGACAUCCAGAAUGUCAACCAGCAGACAGCUUUGCACUUGGCCGUGGAGCGUCAACACACACAGAUAGUUCGGCUGCUGGUACGUGCAGAGGCCAAGCUUGAUGUGCAGGACAAGGACGGUGACACGCCACUUCAUGAAACACUGCGUCACCACACGCUGUCCCAGUUGCGGCAACUCCAAGAUAUGCAGGAUGUCAGCAAAGUGGAGCCCUGGGAGCCCUCUAAGAACACAUUAAUCAUGGGCCUGGGCACCCAGGGUGCAGAAAAGAAGAGUGCAGCAUCUAUCGCCUGCUUCCUGGCAGCUAACGGAGCGGACCUAACCAUUCGGAACAAGAAGGGCCAGUCCCCUCUGGACCUUUGUCCUGAUCCCAGCCUCUGCAAGGCUCUGGCUAAAUAUCACAAAGAGAAAAGCAGUGGCCAGGUCGGCACACGUAGCCCGUCUCUGAACAGCAACAUUGAGUCACUGGAGGAGUGUAUGGUGUGUUCAGACAUGAAAAGAGACACACUGUUUGGACCCUGUGGACACAUUGCUACCUGCUCGCUCUGCUCACCACGUGUUAAGAAAUGUCUCAUCUGUAAGGAUCAGGUCCAGUCAAGAACCAAGAUUGAGGAAUGUGUGGUCUGCUCUGACAAAAAGGCAGCUGUGCUGUUCCAACCUUGUGGUCACAUGUGCGCUUGUGAAAAAUGUGCCAGCCUCAUGAAGAAGUGCGUACAAUGCCGUGCCGUGGUGGAACGUCGCAAACCCUUCGUUCUUUGCUGCGGAGGGAAAGGUAUGGAGGAUGAUGCCGCUGAUGAUGAUGAUGAUGAUGAUGAUGGCCUUACAGGGAGCUCUAACACUAUGGCAGGGGGAUCGCAGGAUCUUCUCCAGCCCAACAAUCUGGCACUAAGUUGGUCUAGUGGAAAUAUCCCAGCCCUGCAGAGAGAUAAAGAUAACACCAAUGUCAAUGCUGAUGUGCAGAAGCUCCAACAGCAGCUCCAGGACAUCAAGGAACAGACUAUGUGUCCAGUGUGUCUGGAUCGGUUGAAGAACAUGAUCUUCAUGUGUGGCCACGGCACCUGCCAGCUGUGUGGCGACCGAAUGAGCGAGUGUCCCAUCUGCCGCAAGGCCAUAGAGCGCCGCAUCCUCCUCUACUAGAGCACCCUAAGAUUCCCUUCUCCUUGAGCUUUCCCCAGCCACGCCCACAAUGCCACAACUACACCAGCUGCCGCUGCCUGACCAUCAUCAUAGCUCCUGCAUCAGCCAGGCAAAGGCAUCCUCAGAUUUUUUUUUUUUGUGUGUGUGUGUGUGUGUGUGUGUGUGCGCACAAAUAUUUUAACUGUGUUCAGAUGGAAUUCUGUUACAAAACAUGGCUGUUACAAAACAACUGAAUGGACUUGCAUCACUUCUGUCUUUGUGUCCUACUUGCAGCCACAGAGAUGCAUACUUCUUGAUGUGGCGUCUUCUCCUUUUAUCACUUACACUCAUAGACAUUCUUUGUUUUGCUUCGUUGUCAUCUUGUCCUAUUCUGUGCCAUUUUGCUCUGGUUUACUUGAUAUGUAAACGUUCUUCUCUGACAUUGAGUCCAUGGUGGCUCCUUUAGACUGAUGGUCUUGGUUAUGGAUUGAAGAGCUAUGUUCAAAUGUAACCUGACAAGUGGUGUACCGGUUCAGUCAGUGUACCGUUCAGCACUACUGGAAGCCACUCUGGUAGUCGGCAAAUUCAGAAGACAUCUUUUGGUUGAAUGAUCUGACGCUAGCUGUACUCCAGUUAUUAUUCGGACUCACUCACUCACUCAUCUUCAACCUCUUACCCCAAUUCAGGGCCACGAGUAUUAAUCAUACUGUAUUUGCUAAUUUGAAUGCAAGUACUUGGAAGCCCUGAUGUGGUUAUUAAGUACUUAAACUUUAUGACAGUGUGGCACGUUUGUGACUAAUGAAAUAAGAACCACUUAAGGGUUGAGUGUUUACACUUCAUGAUUGUAUUCCAUUUGGUCUGUUGUACACACUCUGAACAAAUGGGGGCAGUUUUCCACAAGCACACAUCCGAAAGUGAGAUAAAAAAAAAAACAGAACCAGUUUCAGGAUCAGACUUAGUGCCCUGUCUUGAGGCUGUAGGGCGCGCAGUCCAGAACGCAGAACAUAAAUCCAUUAAUACAUGUCUAAGUCAUUGUCGCUAUCUUGCAGGUGGGUUAACUGAGCAGGGUUUGCGUGCAAAGUGGUUGUGAUUGUCUGGGUUGUUAGGGGCGUGUUGUAGUCCAUCAGAGUGUCACCUGUCAUAGCUCUGAUGAAAGAUGAAUAAACAGACCUGCGCAGAAUCAGCUAGGUCUCCACUGACCACUGUACCGUCCAUGUGCCAUCAUGCUGCUGUAUCAACUGGCCUUUGAGACUUGAGAUACAUUUCAUGUACAAAUUCAGAAGGAAUGAAGUCCAGCCACAUGCGCAACUCUUUAACGUAAGAGAAAAGCUGUUCAGUGUCAGCUAAUGUGUUUUUGUUUCACAGCACACGUUAUUACACGUCCUCAUGUAUUAUCAAGGGGUAGUUUUCAUGUCAAACCAUGUUUGCUGUCCGGACUGUCUGUGAAAAACGAGUCCUCCCACGUUUGUCCGCCUAAUUGCUACACAGUACCAGCAGGAGGGUGGAGGAAAAACCGGUAUUACUAUAUGGUUCAAACCAGAUAUUAGUUCUUUUUUCCCAUUAGUUAUUGCUUUGAUUUAAUGUUUCCAUGUGUAUUAGAUACUAUUGCAUAUGACUGUCAGUGUGUGGUGAACCCACAUUUGUAACAUGCAUCUGAGUGUUGCACUCUUUAAAUACUGCGCUGGAUUGUAGAUCAAGUUUUUGCUGGUCAAAAGCACAAACGCUUUGCGGUGAACGUGUAGUCUGGCACCAUCGCAGCGCCGGACCACACCUCAUUUAUAGAUGAACACGCCCACGGGU